CCCGCGGCGGACACCCCCGACAGGGGCAACAGGAGCCGCAGCCGCCGGAGCUCAGGAAAACAAUGAACAAUGAAUUUCUUCUUUCCAGGAAGAAACCUGGAAGUUUUUUUGCUGCUCUGUUGAAUAUGGGAUUAUAAAUUUUUGUUUAAACUGCAUAUAGAGCAUCUCUUUCAAAUGGAUAACUUCUGAACCUGGAAUUCUUCAUUACCAACUUCUUGCAUCCUGGAGGGGAAAAUGAAUUUCACAAAUUGCACCACUGAAGCCAGUGAGGCUGCAAAGCCAAAGACAGUAACUGAAAAGAUGCUCGUUACCCUGACCUUGGCCACAAUCACAACCUUGACUAUGCUGCUGAAUUCUGCUGUAAUUGCAGCAAUUUCCACAACCAAGAAGCUCCACCAGCCGGCAAAUUAUCUCAUCUGUUCACUGGCUGUGACAGAUCUCCUUGUUGCCGUUCUCGUCAUGCCCUUGAGCAUCACUUACAUAAUGAUAGAUAAGUGGACUUUGGGGUACUUCAUCUGUGAGAUCUGGCUCAGCGUGGACAUGACCUGUUGCACGUGUUCAAUCCUUCAUCUGUGCGUCAUUGCACUGGACAGGUACUGGGCCAUCACAGACGCCAUCGAAUACGCCAGGAAAAGAACGGCAAAAAGGGCUGGGCUGAUGAUAGUCACCGUGUGGACUAUCUCCGUUUUCAUAUCAAUGCCCCCCUUGUUUUGGAGAAACCACCACAGCAUCAGUAUUCCCAGCGAGUGUCGCAUUCAGCAUGACCAUGUCAUCUACACGAUUUAUUCCACAUUCGGGGCAUUUUACAUCCCCUUGACUUUGAUCCUGAUCCUGUACUACAGAAUUUACCACGCUGCAAAGAGCCUUUACCAAAAGCGGGGUUCAAGCCGCCACCUCAGCAACAGGAGCACCGACAGCCAGAACUCUUUUGCCAGCUGCAAGCUCACACAGACGUUCUGCGUCUCGGACUUCUCCACGUCUGACCCAACCACAGAGUUUGAUAAAAUCAACGCAUCCGUGAGGAUCCCUCCUUUCGAGAAUGACUUGGACCCAGCUGGCGACCGGCAGCAGAUCUCCACGACACGAGAACGAAAGGCUGCUCGCAUUUUGGGGCUGAUUUUAGGUGCUUUCAUUUUGUCCUGGUUGCCCUUUUUCAUCAAGGAACUGCUUGUGGGCCUCCACAUUUGCACUGUCUCUGCAGAAGUAGCAGACUUCUUGACCUGGCUUGGGUAUGUCAACUCGCUCAUCAACCCUUUGCUGUACACGAGCUUUAACGAGGAUUUCAAGCUGGCCUUUAGAAAGCUCAUCAGGUGUCGAGAACACACUUAAAAGUACUGAGAGAAGAUGAUGCUGGCAUGACUCCUGGCCUUAAAAAUGAGCAAAACUAUUUGACUCUGCCACUGUUUCCCUUGAUAAAGGGGAUUUUUGUGUUUGCCUACUUGCUUGACUGUUCUUCAGCCUGUAAUUCAUUAUGCCAUUUUUUUAAUCUCUAGUGUUAUUCAUAGUAAAGGGUUUGAAAUAAAUUUAUUCUACAAAGGAAAAGAUUUUUUAGAAAUGAAACAACAAAAAAAUAGUAUUAGGUACUCAUGUCUAAGACAUUUUGUGUAAUCAAUGAUUCAAGAAGCAACAAUAUUCACUUUUAUACUUUUUCCAUUUAAAAAUCAAACAUCUAA